GAAUUCAAAAUUCAUAACAAGAGUUAAUUUACUAAUUUUUUUAUAUAAAAAAAAUUGGGUGAUUUGGCUGCUACCCAUUGUGCAUCUCUUAUAUUUUAUUAUUCAAUUUAAAACAUCACUCGAACAAAAUUUUUAGAGCCUUAGGUUGCUACUUUUUUUUGCGUUAAGCGCAAUUUAUCGUAUAAUAAGAUGGAGAAUCAUAACUGUAAAGAGUGAAGCAGACUACUCCUGAGGUGCAUCAGGAGUCCAAUAUACAUGUAAAGUAUUUUAUGUGCUUCGCUCACAGUAUGGGGUAAUUUAUUGGUUUCACUACUAUAUUAGGCGUGCUGUUUGGUACUGACAUUUUUAUGAUAUAGUUGAAAAAUGGAAAGUAAAGAACCAUACAGAGCCACAAGAUUGUGGAAUGAAGUCAUCUCGGCUUUUCAGUCAGGGAUGCCUGUAAAGAAACACAGACGUCGCAUGCAGACAUAUAAUAAUUGUUUUACAGCUUCAGAAGCUGUCACAUGGCUUCAUUGCUAUCUCAUGAAUAAUCCUAAUUUUGGUCCUGAAGUAACAAGACAACAAACAGUUAACUUGUUGCAGAAAUUUUUGAAAUGUCACGUGAUUGAGUGCAUUAUUGUGAGGUCUAAGAAUAAAGAGUUUAGUGAUGAUUCCCAUUUGUACAGAUUCUCUCCUAUAUCCCAGAUGUGUAAGCCUUCUGCUGUGUGUCUCAUACAAUCCCCAUCCUUUGGUUCAAGAGAUCGCAAAGUGGAAAAGGUAGAAAAAAGUACAAGAUCUCCACCUCUCAUCCAAAAAGAAAAUCUUCCUGAGUGCCAUUUUGUAGAAAGGAAACUUUCAGCUGAUGAAUUGAAAUUAGUAUGGAAAAAAGUAACUUUAUCCAGGAUAGAGAAGUUAUUCCCAUCGGUAUUGGACAAUCUUGAAGAGAAGGACAUAGAUGGUUUAAUUAUUAAGCAUAAUGUGUCACGACUGAGCAAAACUGGUGUAGUUUGUUUAGUUGAUAAAACAGAUGACAUACCUCACUGGGUUAUAUCUGCUAUGAAGUGCCUAGCAAACUGGCCAAAUGCUAGUGGAAGUGGAAGCUGUUUACCAAAUUAUCCUGGAUUUGAGAAAGAUGUUUUCAAAGUUGUUCGGGAUUUUUUUAUUAAUACUCAAGUUCCUCUGUUGACAGAAUCCCUAACCCCUCUUCUCCUUAAAGUUUUCUGUCAUUUCACUCAUCAUCAGUAUAUUGAUUUCAACAGUGCCAAAACUCAGUAUGUCACCUCUAUGCUUAAUACUAGCACUAAAUCACAUUUAUCAGCCUCAGAUAUCAAAACUUCAACUCCCCUCACUUUUGCUGAUCAAAACUCAAGAGUACAGGAAUAUGAUAGAGAAGCAACUAGUCACGGUAAAAUUCUCCUCGAUGAUCCUGAUUUAAUGUGGGAUUACCCUUCAACUGUUAUUUAUGAGACUGAUUUUGCAACAUCAAAUCCUAUUACUCGUGUAAUUGCCAGUGAUAAUUCAGGUACCAAUUCUGUUGGUAGUAUUGAAUCAGUAAGUACUAUCAGUGUCUGCAGUCAGAGUAACAGGCCAGAAGAUUUAUUAAGAUCUAAAGCACCUCUGAAAGCCUGGAGCUCAAAUUUGUAUUUGCAAGAUGAAAUAAAAGAACACAUAAGUCCUCGGAAAUAUUCUCAACUUGAAUUUCAGGAUAGCCAUUCACUUGACCAUUUUUCUUCUGGUUCUAAUGUUUAUUUAUGUGAAAUAAAUGAUUUAGAUACUUCAAAUUUGAGUGCAAAAACUGUCAUUGAAGUAGAACAAGACAAUUGGAGUGAUUCAUCGAAGCGGUGCAAUAAACAAGGAUUAUAUUAUUCAUCCAGUGCCAUAUGUGCUGAAAAUUCAUCUAGUCGAAUAAAUCAAACACCCCAAAGAACCAUUAAUCAAAGCAUUGAAAAAGCAAAGGAAUAUUGUGAAGAAUUGAAGCUGUCAUUUCAGUUGAUUCUUUUACUUUUACCAUCUGUAAAUCGAAGGCAGCUCCAUUUAUUGAUGAGACUUAUAAAUAAAGUUUUGAAGAAUGGAAAAUUUGUCCUAGAUGUGCAAACAUCAAUGCGACAUUAUCUGUUAGAAACAUUUUUACCUGCUAUUGUGCAGUCUGAUCAAAACCGUUUACUUCUGCUUGAAGUAACAGCCUUCCUUGUUGAUAAUUGUGAAUUUUUAUUCCAAAUUCCAAAAGGCUUGAAACAAGAAGUGGAAGAUCUUUCACGGUCAUGUUUUGGAAGAAUUAAAUAUUCUGUGGAUGAUACCUGUUUACUUACUUAUUGUGAAAUGGUUUCAAAACAGCAGUAUGAAGAACAAAGGGUUUCUGUUUCUCAAGAAGCACUGAAAGGCCUCUUAAAUAGUAUUCUACAUGAUCAAAAUAUUACAGAAAAGGAGAGGAAAAGAAAAAUGAAACAGUUUAAAGAAAAUCAUCCAGAUGUAUAUUAUCUCCAAUUUUCAAAGGAAGAUGCAGCACCUAAGCCUAAGCAAACAUUACUGGACAAGCUUGCAAAGUUAAGAAUAUAAAGCUCAAUGGGAUGGAAAAUGUACUUUAAAAACAUGAAAGGAAAAAAUGGCAAAAUUGGCAUUGAAGAAUUUUAAUUGCAAAUCAUAUUUGAGUAUAAUUAAGUAAUAAAAAUGUUGACCAAAUUUUUUAAUGUUUCAUUAAAGAAAUGUAUACCUGUUUAAAACAUUUCUAAAAAUAGAAUACUAAAAAAAUAAUGUUCAUUUGUGAAUAAUGAGGAUAAUUUGCAAGAUCAUAUACCAACAUCAUAACUUUUGAAAUUUUUUAUAUAAUAGACUAAGAAACUUUGAGUAUUUUUUUUAUAUUAUGUUAAAUGACAUGCAUAUACUUGUGCCAUAGAUAGAUAUUUCAUAUAUCCCCCCAUUAUUUAUUCUAAAUCAUAUUCUUCAUAAUUAAAUAUAUAUAAAGUUUCUUUUAGAUUAAUAUAUGGCAGGAAAAAAAGAUAUUCUUGAUUAUUAACACCUUUAAUUGUUGAUGCCCAGAAAGUUGAAAAUGAUAGGUUUGCUUUUGGAAGGAUACAUAUGUUUCUUGCAAAUUUUAUUAGAUUAGAUUAUUUAAAAAUUCAUUAAUUAAAUAAAUAAUUUGCUGAAAAUGUUUCGUUUUGCUUACAAAAGUUCUAUAUGAUAUGCACUGUUUUAUUUAUUAUUAAGAUUUGUAUUUUGCACUCAUGUUAAUUAAAGAAUACAUUUUUCCGCCUUUAAUAUGUUUGUGUUUAACAUUAAGUACAAUUGUAUAUAUAAAUGUAAUAGCUAUUCUUCUGGUAGAUUUUUGGUAUUGAUUACAAAGGUUUUUUUUUUAGCAUUUUUUUAAAACUUGUUUGGUGCUGUUUUAUUGUGAAUUAUUUUGAUGUAUAAAACAUAUUUUAUUCUGUAUUACAUAAAAUCAAAGUUUUAGUUUGUUUAUUUUUCAUAAAUGUAAGUUUUAUUUUAGUGAACUAGUCGUAAUUUAUGAUCUUUUUUUACAAAGUGUAUCUCUAUAUUCAAAUAUAAACAAGUAUGUUUUACAGAAGUUAGUUUUUUUGUUUUUUAACAUUUGUUUAUAAAUAUCGAAUAUACAGUAAAAGCAACAUUAAGAAUUGUUGCAAAUUAUAUAUUUAUUUAACACUUUCUAAUGAAUAAUUUGA